UAGCUCAUUUGAGUUCAUUGUGACCACGGUUUAACUCGCCAGCACUUACUUGUCGGAUAAAAAUGGACUCGGGAUAUUUCCGUGGGACGCAUUCACGACCGAUAACGGGGAGAUCGACGAAUUAAUUCUAAUCGGAAGAGGAUGUUAUCAAGAACAAUUUAAUUAUCGGACAUCAGUCGUUCUCAGUUUCUAGUCUUGUCAACUCGGGCCAAAGGACUUUUUCCUUCUGCAUGUUUGUAAUUUUAUUAUAAAAUUUUCUCUUCUGUGACACCGGGAAUAUGCCGCUUGUCAACAACCUCUGUUGCGGCUUGUCCCUCGAGACUGCAAGCAAAUUAAUCGGAUUUAGCAAUCUGGUGAUUGACACGGUGACAGCAUCUCUGGGCUUCAUAUCGAUCGGCAACUUGGUCCAUUACGCGACCAGCGACGAAGACUGGAAAGAGAUAAUUGAAGCGUGCACCCUUCGCUUCUACACCCUGGUUGAAGUGUUUUUAGGCAUUUACUUACUAUAUGGUAUUUACAAGAGGAAACUGCACUACAUCCGAGCGUGGGUGGUGAUACAGGUGGUCUUGCUGGCGGUCUCUGCCCUGUCGGACGUACUGCUCAUCGUUCUACACUUUUUCGUUUUUAAGACUGAAAUCGACACGCUGAUAAUAGUCAAUGUGAUUGUUACCGGAUUUCACGUGUUUAGCAUUAUGGUAGUCCACAGCUAUGAGGUGUCCAUGAGAGGAAGCCAAUCGCUUUACCCGUUAUGAUGCAAUUAAAACUUUUUUGUUGUUGUAAAUAUUAUUAAACGAUACCUGACUGUUU